AUGAUUUACAAUACGAAUCCAGAAACUAGAGAGCUAGUUUUGCAAGCUGUCAAGAAAAAUGGAAAUGAUUUGAUGAAAUAUCAAAAAUUUAAUUCGGAUAGAGAAAUUGUUAUUGCAGCAAUUAGACAGAAUGGAAAUGGAUUAUUCUAUGCUGGAGUGGAAUUGAGAAAUGACAGAGAGGUAGUGAGAGAAUCAAUGAAGGUCAACCAGCAUACUUUCUAUUACAUGUCUGAUGAGUUGAAGAAGGAUAGAUCACUAGCUCUGGAAGCUGUCAAGGAAAUUCCAGGAUCUAUCAGAUAUGCUCCUGGUGAAAUCAAGAAUGAUAGAUCGUUUAUAGUGGAAGCUGCUUUAUUGAAUGGAAAAGUGUUGCAAUUUCUAGAUGGAGAAUUUUUGAAGGACAGAGAAAUUGUGGAGAAUGCUGUAUCUCAAUACGGGUAUGCUAUUAAAUAUGCGCCAGAGGAAUUUCAAAGAGAUGAAUCAUUAAUGCUAGGUGUUAUUAGAAAGGCACUCAGUUUGGAUUCAACAGUAGAAGUUUCUGACGAUUUGAUUUUGAAAUAUGUUAAAGAGCAUAAUGGUGGAUAUUUGGCAAUUAAAUUGGAAAGAUGUUGUAAUGUAAAAGAAGUUAUAUUGGGAGCAUUGGAGAAUAAUGGAUCUAGAUUGAAUGAAAAUAACAAGAGAGAAAGAGAAUUCAUCUUGGACAUGUUGAAAGAAAAUUGGGAAAUAUUCGAAAAGGCAGACGAAAAUAUCAAGAAUGAAAAGCAAGUCUAUACAAAAGCAUUUGGUUUAAAUUGUACAUUUCUUGAAGAUUCCUAUAAUUCCGAGCUAUUCAAUGAAAUUUUAAAUUACAGAAAGAAGAUUCUUGACAGCUCUCCAGUUGGUAAGAUCGACAAGGAAAUUGCAAGCAAAAUUGUGCACCAGAAUUUUAAUAUUUUGAAAGAAUGGAAUAUCACCAGAUUAGAUGAUCAAAUUCAUGAAUACUUACACCAUUUCAGCAGUGACAGAGAUUUCGUGCUACAAGCAGUUUAUCUAGAUGAGAAAUAUCUUUCAUUUGCUAGUGAUUCAUUGAAAGAUGAUUUUGAUUUCAUGGUGACAAUUGCACAACAUACCCGUAACAUGAGAGAUGCAUCUCCUCGUUUGAAAUCAGAUCCUCAAUUUAUCUUACGAGCAUUGGAUUAUCUUUAUGAAUUGAAAGCUCCAAAGGAAUUGAGAGCUGAUAGAGAUUUCAUGAUGAAAGCAGUUCAGAAAGGAACACAUCUCUAUCACGCCUCUGAUGAUUUAAAGAACGAUAAGGAGUUAGUACUCACAGCCAUUAAAGGCAGCUACUCGAACAUUUCACAUGCUAGUAAGGGUCUUCAAAAGGACAGAGAAUUUAUUAUUGAAGUUUUGAAAAUUGAUGGAAAUUGUUUGAAAUAUUUGUCAAAGUCUUUCAAAAAUGAUAGAGAGCUAAUUUUGACAGCUGCUCAAUCUAUCAAUCCUUACAUUGAUUAUGAGUUGUGUUAUGAGCUAUUUCCAACGGACAGAGAAGUAAUGAUGGAGUGUACCAAACAAUAUGGAUACGAAAUGAUUCCUUACAAUAGCUAUCUUAGUGAUGAGUUUCGUUUUGAUAAGGAAUUCAUGUUUCAAAUUGCUGCUUCAAAUAAUUCAGCAACUUUGGAUGUGUUUGAUAUAUUUGGAAAUGAUAAGGAUUUAAUAAUGAGAUUGGCACUUGUUUAUGGGCUUGUUCAAAAGUUUGAUGAAGAUAUUUAUCGAAAGAGAAUAGAAUUGGUCUUCAAUGGAGUCAAAUUACCAACAGAUAAAUACUAA